AACGCCGGCGGAGCUUCCCCGCAUGGAGCGCGAGUCGCGCGCCUCGGAGGCCGCCCCCGCCGCGGCCGCGCUCUUCGCCUGGGGUGCGAACAGCUACGGGCAGCUUGGCCUUGGCCAUAAGGAAGAUGUGCCUUUGCCCCAACAGCUGACUGACUUCUGCAGACCUAAGUGCAUUAGGAGAAUCACGGGUGGAGGGGGCCAUUCUGCUGUGGUCACAGAUGCAGGAGGUCUUUUUGUUUGUGGCCUGAACAAAGAUGGACAACUGGGGCUUGGUCAUACAGAAGAUGUUCUCUAUUUUACCCCCUGCAAAUCCCUUCUGGGUUGUCCCAUCCAACAGGUGGCCUGCGGCUGGGAUUUUACCAUUCUACUCACAGAAAAUGGUCAAGUUCUAUCAUGUGGAUCCAACUCCUUUGGCCAGUUAGGAGUUCCUCAUGGACCACGAAGAUGUGUGGUUCCUCAGACUAUUGAGCUCCUGAGAGAGAAGGUUGUUCAUGUUGCAGCUGGACUCAGGCAUGCAUUAGCUGUCACAGUGAGUGGCAUGGUGUUCCAGUGGGGGACUGGUUUGGCAUCAUCAGGACGACGAUUGUGCCCUGGGAAGACUCUCCCUUUGUUCUUGACAGCAAAGGAACCAAGCAGAGUGACAGGCCUGGAGAACUCCAGAGCAAUAUGUGUUGUUGCUGGCUCAGAUCAUUCAGCGUCAUUAAAUGAUGCAGGAGAGCUGUAUGUUUGGGGAAGCAACAAGCAUGGACAACUGGCUACCCAGGCUGCUUUCCUUCCUGUGCCUCAUAAAAUAGAAGUGUGCUGUUUUCAGAAUGAAAAAGUCAUUACCAUCUGGAGUGGGUGGACACACCUGGUGGCUCAAACAGAAACUGGCAAGGUGUUUACCUGGGGCCGAGCAGACUAUGGUCAACUAGGGAGGAAGUUGGAAUCUUAUGAUGGCUGGGAACCAGAAAAUCAGGAUUCAUCUCUGCCCUGCUCCAAACCAUGGAACAGCAUACCUUCAUCUCUGCAUUGUUUAACGGGAGCAACUGAGAUUUCUUGUGGCUCAGAGCAUAAUGUGGCAGUAAUUGAUGGAGUAUGUCACUCCUGGGGCUGGAACGAGCAUGGCAUGUGCGGGGACGGUACCGAAGCCAACGUCUGGGCCCCAAAGCCUGUGGAGGGUCUGUGGUCGGCGUCGGGACUCCUCGUGGGCUGUGGGGCUGGGCACUCCCUGGCCCUCUGCCAGCUGCCAGCACCUGCUGCAUGGGACCGGGACCCCAACAUCGCCAUCCCUUCUGUGGAUGCCACCCAGGAAACCAGAUCUCAAGAAGCCAUGGACAGAGAGAGCGUAAAAGGAAAACCAUCAGAAACUGUAGCCCAAAGCCAAUCAGACAGCUCUUGAAAAGGGGAACCAUGGUGGCAAUUUUGGAAUAAAGUGGGCUUUUCCUUCCAGA